AUGCAUUAUAGAUUCUUAAGAGAUAGUUUCAUAGGUAGGAUGACUUACCAUCUAUCUAAACAUAAAUACUUUGCUCAUCCCGAAGAAUAUCCUGAGUAUGUAAUACCUCAAAAGUAUUUAGCAGAUGACCUCAAGGCUCGUGAAUUUGAAAAAACUGAAGAUAUAGAGAUUGAAAUCCCAAGAGAUAGUAGUGAAUCGUCAUCUGAUUCAAGUAUCAAUACUAUUAAUAGACAAGGUAAGAUUGUAGUUGAUUGGGAAGGUGAUGAUGAUCCUGAAAAUCCCGUCAAUUGGCCAUUCUACCAAAAGGGAUUCUUUAUUUUUGAAAUUGCAUUUUUAACUACCGUCGUUUAUAUGGGUUCUGCAAUUUAUACUCCUGGUGUUACUCAAAUUAUGGCAGAUUUCAACGUAGGACAAACUACUGCCACUUUACCAUUAUCAUUAUUUGUCAUUGGUUAUGGUCUUGGUCCAAUGGUACUAUCACCCAUGUCUGAAAAUGCCAUUUUUGGUAGAACAUCCAUUUAUAUUGUUACUUUAUUUGUCUUCUUCAUAUUACAAAUUCCGACUGCUUUGGCUAAAGAUAUCGUUUCCUUAUCAAUUUUAAGAUUCUUAGGCGGCGUCUUUGCAUCACCUUGUUUGGCUACUGGUGCUGCUUCAGUUUGUGAUGUUUUACAUAUGGCAUAUGGUCCAGUUGGUAUUGCAAUGUGGGCUUUAGGGGCAACUUGUGGUCCUUCAUUAGGUCCGUUCAUUGGAAGUAUCUUAGUAGUUAAAGGAAGUUGGAGAUGGACAUUUUGGUUAUUAUGUAUUACUAGUGGAUUUGCUUUAACUUUAUUUAGUUUCUUUUUACCUGAAACUUAUGGUAAAACUUUACUUUAUAGAAAAGCCAAAAGAUUAAGAGCUAUUACUGGUAAUCAAAAUAUCACUAGUGAAGGAGAAAUUGAAAAUAGUAGAUUAAGUGUGGGUGAAUUAAUUAUUGAAACUUUAUGGAGACCAAUUGAAAUAUCAAUUAUAGAACCUGUGGUUUUAUUGAUUAAUGCCUAUAUCACUUUGGUUUAUUCAAUUAUGUAUCUUUGGUUUGAAGCAUUUCCUAUUGUCUUCUUUGAUAUUCAUCAUUUUACUUUAAUUGAAAUGGGAGCUACUUAUUUAUGCAUUGUUAUUGGUAUUGGAAUAGCAGCAUGUAUUUAUAUCCCAGUUGUGCUUCGUAUUUAUACCAAACCAAUGCUUGACAAACGUACUAAAGAUGAUGUGGUUCCUGAAGUUUUCAUCCCUAUGGCAAUUGUGGGUGGUAUGUGUUUAAUUACAGGUGUCUUUGUAUUUGGUUGGACAUCAGCUCCUGACAUUCCAUGGAUAUUACCUGCUAUUGGAGCGGCUAUUUUUGCUGCUGGUGCAUUUUUGAUUUUCCAAACUUUAUUCAAUUAUUUGGGUAUGUCAUUCUGGAGAUAUUUAGCAUCAGUGUUUGCAGGUAAUGAUUUAUUCAGAUCAGUCAUUGCUGGUGUUUUUCCAUUAUUUGGUAGAGAUUUAUUUGAUAACUUAAAGACUGAAAGAUUUCCUGUUGCAUUAGGUUGUACUAUUUUAGGAGCAAUCACAGUUGUAAUGCUUCUUAUUCCAAUUUUAUUCUAUCUUAAUGGUCCAAAAUUAAGGGCUAGAUCGAAAUAUGCUGGAGAUGAAGUUAAAAAGUGA